AUGGAGUGGUUAUUUGGACACCGCAUGACGCCCGAGGAAAUGCUGCGUAAGAACCAACGAGCUCUGAAUAAAGCCAUGCGAGAUCUGGACAGAGAGCGCCUAAAGAUGGAGCAGCAGGAAAAGAAGAUCAUUGCAGAUAUUAAGAAGCUAGCCAAAGAUGGACAAAUGGAUGCAGUUAAAAUAAUGGCGAAGGACCUGGUUCGCACGCGGCGUUACGUACGCAAGUUCAUGCUGAUGAAGGCCAAUAUCCAGGCUGUGUCACUCAAGAUCCAGACCCUUAAGUCGCAGAGCACCAUGGCGCAGGCAAUGCGAGGAGUCACGCGCGCCAUGUCCUCCAUGAACCGGCAGCUUAACAUGCCGCAGAUACAGAAGAUUCUGCAGGAGUUUGAAAAACAAUCUGAGAUUAUGGACAUGAAGGAGGAGAUGAUGAAUGACUCCAUCGACGAGGCCAUGGAGGGCGACGACGACGAGGAGGAGAGCGACGCGGUGGUGUCGCAGAUCCUGGACGAGCUGGGCCUCCAGCUCAACGACCAGCUGUCCGGCUUGCCUCAGCCUACCGGCUCACUCUCCGUUGCCAGCAAGCACCCGUCGGCCGUGGCGGCGGGCGGCGGGGGCGUGGGCGCGGGGGCGGGCGCCGUGGCGGGGGCGGGCGGGGGAGCGGGGGCACCCGUCAGCGACGCCGACGCGGAGCUGCAAGCACGUCUCGACAAUCUCCGCCGCGAGUAG